CCUGAAAGAAGGACAAUUAGUGGCUUACUAGGGUCUCGGGGAGUUGAGCCUCGCGGGGUGUCCACUUGCCUGCUCGGCCCCAGUUCUGAGUUGCUGCCAUGGCUGGAAACAGUCAGGGGCAUUGUCUCACCUAAUUACCCUGGGACCAGGGGCCCCCUUUUUGUGUUGCCCCUGCCAUGCCUGUCCAAUUCCCUUCUCCUGCCUAACUGCUCGCUCCUGUCCACUCUGAGAGUUUGCUAAUUAGACGAGAAAUGGCCGCAAGUAAUUAUGUCCACUCUCGUUAGAAGUGACCAGAGUGAGGAAAGUUUUGGUGCUGGGUUAUUUGGGAUGAAGAGGUGGAGCCCCCCCUCUCUCUCUUCCUCUGUCUCUCUCUCCUUCUCACUCUCUCUCUCUCUCCCCGUGUUUCCCAAAGUAUCUUCCUCAUUAUGCCGAUCACACAUGUGCACAUGCGGCAGGGGAAUGCGGUGCACACAAGUCAGACAAACUUCAGAGCAUAAAAAGAUGCGCUCACACAGAAAUGGAGACUAUAGAACGGCAGUGGCAUGAAGUUAUUGCCCUAAUUAAUUCUUUGUGCCCAUGGAGCCUACUGUUGAAUCACCAGUGGUGCAUUGUUGGGACUGUGAGGGCCUUUUGUUUCUUCACCUUAAUGGGAUGUUUUGAUCAACGGCUGUUUGGUGACCCAGCUCUUCUUCCCCGAACCCAGAGCCCUGGGAAACGCAAUUAGCCAGAUUAGAAGAGCCGUCUCUGCCGCCGCAGACAAAAGACGGAGGAAAAUCAGACAGAAGGAAACGAUGUGGUCCAGACACUCGGCAAAAACACGUCUGAGCCACAGUGAGACGGUAGACAGAGUCCAUAUUUGACUAGAUGCUGUUGUCCCUCAUUAGUCUGAGGGAUUGUGUCAAGGUCAGAAAUCAGCGAAUCAUCUCCAAAGUAUUUGAAAUCACCUUUGUUCAAGGUGUCAAGAACUUUUACAAAACAUACGACGUUCAGUUGACCUGAAUGGUGCAGUGAGGCCUUUAAUUCAGUCGUACUCUUCUAUUAUUAAAGGUAAAUAACUCGAUGUUUAUCAAGAAUGGUAAAUACUAUAUAUCAAAGAGUACAGCUAAAAUUGAGUAAAACUAUCUACCAAAAACAGAUCAAUAUUUGAGUAAGAUACAGCAAAAGCAUCUCAGAUUUGUCGCCAAAAUUGUAAAUAAUAGAACUUUUUAUGUGGCCACAUGGAAACAUUACAAUUUAUGAACUUCAUUUAAAACACAAUAAGUCCUACAUUCAUUGACUAAAGGAAAUAAAAACACAAAUCAGGGACAUUUUCCCUGUGGGAAAAUAUUGAAAUUACAUUUACUUUUCUCCCCGCCUCUGCAGUAAUCUCGCAGUAUAUACUAAUAUACUUUUUAAAAUGAUUGUUUUUCGGUGCAGGACUACGACGCUAGAAAAUGUGUUGACGGUUCUAUUCUCACACACACCUUUAGUGACGACAACGCAGUCACGUGACGUGAGUACAGCGAUGCCACUGAUCUCGCCUCAGAUUACAGCGCAGCACUAAAUCUGUCCGAACCUUCACUCCCGGCCCGGGUGAGGCGUCCACGGGUGAGACAAACGCUCCCGUGGGAGCGGGGUUUUUAUUUAUUUAUUCAUCACCACAUGUCCCAGUGCUGAUGAAGACACUGGACUCUCUGCGCGUCCUCUCAUCUCCAUAAAGUCUCCUGAGCGCCAUCCCGGUCCCCAGCUGUCCAAACGUGUGCCGCAAAUUAUGUCCGAACGAUUGAAAGUGCGCAAUAAUUGAAUAAUAGCUGAUUAGAGGGGAUUAGGUUUCGGGAGAUGGACUUCAGGUUCUUUCGACAUUGUGGUGGGUUUAAGUCGAUGAUGACGAUGAUGAUAAUCUUCGGAUCCCGGAAGUCUUCGCUCUCACUUUCAGAAAUCUGAUUUAUGCCCACGAACACUUUCAAUGUGCGCCAAAGCUGGUUGCGUCUGUUAGCAGACGUGGGACAGAAACGCUUGAACCUCAGGAGCCAAAUAAAUCUGCCGCAACAAUGUGCUCCACUAUUUGCCCCACUGUUUUGUCUGCUGUUUAAUUGCCACCUUGCCCUGUCCUAAAAAACCCCAGACUGGGACAAUGUAGUCUUUAUCAUCUGACCCGAGUUAAAACCUAAAGCCCAAUGGUCCAAUCAACAGAUGCGCUAAGACAAAGCCUAAUUAGAAUAUGCAAAUGAGCUGCUGUUGGCGCAAAGAGGGACGUUAGUGAUGGAGCCGCAGUCCAGUGUUAACGGAUCAAUCACUGAGUGUUGAUGGAUUCACUAAGAGAAAAAUGGGCUGUUGUGAGUUGGAGAGUUUUUCUGUUGACACGAUCAAUAAUAUUUAUCUCUGCUGUUCUGCCAACAGACACACGACAAAGACGAAGGCGGGGAAAAAAAUCACUGACGCCAAGAAAGAACAAUCCAGAUUUGUUUUAAAACCUAAUUCCCUCUCAGAGUAUCGUUUCCCCCUCAGAUUCUUCCUCCUCUACUUACAUUUUUUUGUCUAGAUUUUUUCCAUCAACAACGGAGUGUUUGUCAUUUUAUCAGAGCUUUGAUUUUCAUGUUAAAUUAUUUUUCUCUAAAUAACUCGAAAUUCCGGAAAUCAAAUCCAGGUCAGUUUUCUUUUUGACUUAAAGCUCAAACGUCAGAAUUUUUUUCAAGUAACUUCUACUUUAUAAUUUAUAUAAUAAUAUAAAUCUUUCAUCAGAAUUAUUUUCCUCACAGAUUCCCAGAAUUCUGGGAUUAACGUAAAAAAUAAUCAGAAUUUUGACAUUAUUUAAAAAUUCUACCCUUUUCAACCAGAAACCUGAUUCUUUUUUGAAUAUUUUCAAUUUUUUUGAUUUUAUUUUUUAAACGACUGACAAUCAAGAGAAAAAAUCAGAUUUUUCUCUUAGAAUUUUGACUUGAAUUUUACAAUUUUAGAACGAAUUCUUGUUUGAAUUUUGACUCGUGUCUCUUGAUUUAAUUAAAAAUCCUGAUUUUGAUGCAGUGUUUGAUUUAUAUUAGUAUAUAUAAUUAACUUAUCCUUGUAAAGUGUUAAGUCUUCAGACAGACAUCGAGUCAUUUAAAGUCAAAGUUUCGUUAGAUGGAUAGACCUUCAUUAAUCCACCGGGAGUUUCCUUCGGGAAAUGUAUUUGUGUUUGUCUGUUUUGACGAUUAUCAGAGAUUUCUAUUUUAUUUUCAGUCGAAGCUUCUGAGGAGAGCUUGUGCCUCCUCUCCUGUGAUUGGCUGACGCCUGUUGAAUAUAAACACAGCAGAGCUCCAGAGCAGCAUCACUCCCACCGCCGCCGCGGACAGUUUUAGAGCAGGAGAGAAGAGAACAGACAUGACGGGGAAAGAGGGAAGCGUGUUUUCAGACACUGAGAACAAACAGAAACCACCACCUGUGUCCCAGCAUCCUCCUCCGCCCUGGAAGAUGGCCCCCACGGUGCACCGGCGCACCGGCUUUGGCAUCCAGGAGCUGCUGGGCCUCAACAAGGAGCCUCCCGCAGCGGUACCGCGGCGGCCCCUGGAGGCUCUGCCGCCGCGGACGCACCUGCUGGCUGCACGGACGGCCCUGGGCCACGGGCAUCAUGGGCUCGGGGUCGGUGUGAGUUUGCUGGGACCAGAGGGGAUUCACUCCUUCUACAGUCAGCCCGCUUUUCUGGAGCAGGUGCUGUCGGAGGCGCAGAACGUUCACCUGCAGCCGCUGCACAGAGCCGCGCACCGGGAGGCGACGAUGGAGGCGGCGCAAUCCAGCUCCGAUUCUGACGACAUGAGUCUGUCUCCGGCUGAGCAGAAAUUCUCCAAAUCUUCUCUGAAUCAGAGCAAGAAAAGAAAGAAACGACGGCACAGAACCAUUUUCACCUCCUAUCAGCUGGACGAGCUGGAGAAAGCCUUCAACGAAGCCCACUACCCUGAUGUUUACGCCAGAGAGAUGCUGUCUAUGAAGACUGAACUGCCCGAGGACCGGAUACAGGUGUGGUUUCAGAACCGUCGAGCCAAGUGGAGGAAAAAGGAGAAGUGCUGGGGCCGCAGCAGUGUUAUGGCCGAGUACGGUCUGUACGGAGCCAUGGUCCGACAUUCCAUCCCUCUGCCUGACUCCAUCCUCAAGUCGGCCAAGGAUGGAGUCACGGAGUCCUACGCUCCAUGGUUACUAGGUAUGCACAAGAAGUCAGUGGACACCACACACACUUCUUCAGGCUGCAAACCCAGUUUGAUGACGCUGCAGCCGCACGCACCGGCACAAGAGCAACCAGUGAACAAGGUGAAGGAGUACGAGGAGGAGAAACAGAGGGAGGACACCGACUCCCUGCUUUCCAACCAGGAACUGAGAGAGAACAGUAUCGCUGUACUGAGAGCGAAGGCCCUGCAGCACAGUGCCAAGAUGUUGGGCAGCGCUUCUGGAAGAACGAACGGAAACGAAACACACAAAGAAGAGGGAGACGAUCCGGAGACGGAGCAGGAAGUGUCGGAGGUGGAGAAGAGCAAGUGAGAAGUAAGGCUGAAGGACUUCCCCUCAUUAGACGCAGCAGAGGCAGAACACAAACCGAACUUUUACUGUUUCUCAAACGGUGGGUCAGGACCUAAAGUGUGGUCCAUCUGAGAACUAAACAAGAGCCCCACUCUAUGUGUAUAUAUGAAUCAAUGUGAGAGGCAGUUUUAGUUCCUGAAAUUAAAUUCCAUUUACUGCACAAAACAACAUUUCAUUUUUGUUUAGCUAAUUUUAGCGCUCCUCUACCACAGCAAUAACAUCACCUUAUCUGCAAGGUCAUUAGAAGUUGAUGGUGACCUUUGACCUCUUUCUAAUGGCAGAUUUGAACUAAAAAAUGUUCUUUUCUGCAUAACAACUGAAAAUGUUCCGAACCUAAAACUGUACAUAUGUUUAUAUUUCAUAUCAACUAUCUGUGUCUGUCUUUGUAUAAAUGUUACUGUAGGCCAAAUAAAAAUGAUUAUUUAAAAUCUCCUCACAAAUGUGCCUUUAUGCUGUACUCAUGUUUAACUAACCAACUAACCAGAACAUUAGUACAACAUUUUUCCUCGUUAGAACCAGGUUUUGGUCCACCUAAGAAUUCAGAGUCCUGUCCUUCAGCUAACAGUAAGGAGUGCACACCCAAAACACCACCAACAACAACACAGACGUCCUGUUACAAUGAGACACAUUUGGUUUUCUACAUUUUACUGUCUCACUUUCUAAACAGCCUGAGGGAUGAAACCUGUCUGCCUCAGCCUGGUCACAUGAAAUACUAUUUACUAUGUAGAUGUUAGUUUAAAAGUUGAAUAGUUUCAGGUUGAUGUUUGCAGGGAGUUGAUCUAUGAGUGCUUCACAAUGUCAGUCAAAAAUUAAAAAAAUCAAAUCAUUAUAAAUAUAUAAUGUAAUAUAACAUAAUAUACAGUAUAUUCAGUUUUUAAGACCAGAUAUUCCCAUCUGAACUAGGGAAAUUGACUGUGACCCUGUGAACAUUCAAAUUAAUAUUUUAUUACACUAUAUUUCACUUAUCUAACCAUAAAUUUGUGAUAACAGUGUGAGCUACUGUGUCAAGCUGGUUGGGGGCUGUGCUGUUUGGGCGGGGUCCAAAAACUGGAAACUGGAAAAAACUGGACGAGUGUUUACGUCUACGAGGUUAUGCCGAUUGAAAAAAAAACAUUCAGAUCCACGUACACGUACGUGUUUGUUUGUGAUUAAAAAUAUUUAUAUGUAAAUGUACUUAAAAAAACCCCUUUCAGCUAAAUUAGGUGAAAGGUGAACGUCAGAUUCGUUGUCCCCGGAUCAUCUUUCACUUUCACUUUUAGAUUUCCUGCACCUUUUUCUGCUCCCCCUUGUCCCUGUCCUCUCAUCCCACCUCCUUCACCCUCCACCCCUUUACCCCACCCUACACUUAUAAACGACGGGAAUUCAAAGUCAAACACUAUUUACUGCACUUUAACGCUACGGACUUUUCAGGAUUUCCUCACAGGCUGUGACGCAGAGCUGGUCGGAACGGACAAGUUGCGUUGGGUUGCGUAAAAGUGAAGUGAACAAGCGAAAAAAAA